UCCGGCUCCGCGUUUGAUUUUACACUUUAAUUGCGCGGCAGCAACGGGUCAGUUUCCGUCCUGGGAUGGAUCGACGGAUGAUGCAAGCAGGUUGUCACGUUUCCAGACCGAUCCCACCACCACCGUAGCAUGUAUAAGUAGUACACUCCUCCCGUUGGGAAAACCAAAGUCCAGAGAAACAACACACGAAGAAACAACAACAUCGAACGUCGUUUUCCAUCGAUACCAUCGAUGCCUCGCGCCGGCACGCGCACAAGCAGCCUGGCCAUGCUGGCUCGGCCCCGGCCCCGCCGCACGCUCCCGGCCACCGUCGUCGACGACACGGUGGCCUCCGCCGCGGCGCUCCUCGACAAGUGGCACCCGGACGACGACUCCAUCUACUCGCUCUUCCUCGACUCCACCGCGGAGGAGGCUGACGAGUUCCUGCGCGCCGCCGCGAGCCUCCACCGCUCCAUGCUCUUCUACGCGUCGGGCGCCGAGACCACCGGCACCAAAUCACUCCACGGCGGGGGGCAGGGGCUCAUCCAGGCGCAGGCGCUGCUCGACACGGCCAUGCGUCGGCUCCAGCUCGAGCUCCACCUCCUCCUCGACUCCCUCCCUGCCGUCUUAAGCUUCCACCGUCGUGAUGUCGAAGACCAUGAUUAUGACGACGACGACGAUGAUGAUUAUAACCACGACGACCACGAGGACGGUAAUAUCAGCGGCAGCGGCAUCGGCCUGCGAGAGACUUGUGCUCAUCUCCGGGCGGUGGCGGAGGCUAUGAUGGCGGCCGGGUACGGCAAGGAGUUCGUGUCCACGUUCAAGUCACGGCGCCGGGCGUCCGUGUCCGGCACCCUGCAGAGGCUGCUGGGCUUCUCGCCUUCCCUGCAGCAGGCCCAGAUCCCCAAGCUGGCCUGGGACCAGGUGGACGCCAAGAUCAUCCAGCCCUGGCUCUCCGGCGCGCGCGCCGCGUUCGCGUCCGUCUUCACCGCGGAGCGCGACCUCUGCGACGGCGUCUUCUCGGGCGACAACGGGGCGGCGUUUGGAGACGCGGUGUUCGCGGCCAUCGCCGACGACCAGGCCACGAGCGUCCUGGUCGUCGCCGAGGCCGCCGUGGCGCGGGCCCGGCGCGCGCCCGAGCGGCUGUUCCGCGUGCUCGACGUCCACGACGCGCUCGCCGAGACCAUCCUCCCGGCCGUCGUGUCGGCUUUCGGGGAGAAGUCGGAGGUCACGUCGCGCGCGGUGUCCCUCGUGAUGAUCAAGGUCGGGGACGCGGCGAGGGGCAUCGUGGCCAGCUUCGAGGCGGCCAUCCAGAAGGAGCCGUCCAAGGCCACGGUGGCCGCCGGAGGCGCCGUGCACCCGCUCACGCGCUACGUCAUCAACUACCUCGCCUUCCUCGCCGACUACGAGACAGCGCUCACUCGCAUAUUCUCUUCCAAUCAACAAGAGCAGUUCCCAUUCGGGUCCGACACGUCGUCAUUCUCCGUUGGCGGCGGCGGCGGCUCGACGAGCAGCAGCUCCAGCUCGUCAUUGGAUCUGCCGUCAUCGUCCACGUUGAGCUUGGCGUCGAACCCGAUCGGGUGGCUGGUGUUCAUCCUGCUGCGGAAGCUGGACGCCAAAGCCGGGAGCUACAAGGAGGCGGCUUUGAGCUACCUGUUCCUGGCGAACAACACGCACUACGUGGCCAAGAAGGCCGGACCCGGCACGAGGCUGGAGGGUGUCCUCGGGGAGGAGUGGGCGGAGGCGCAGAGGGCCAAGGCGCGCGGCUACGUGGACGUUUACGUGCGGGCCGCCUGGGGAAGCAAGGUGAUCCGCGGAGGGGAGGAGGCUGUGAUGGAGGCUGUGGCGAUGCAGGACAGGUGGGUGGCGGCCGACGAGGAGAUGGGGAACGCGCUCAGGGCGGCGGUCAGGGCAGCCGUCGUGCCCGCUUACAGGCUGGUCUACCGAAGGCAGGGCGCCGCGGCGAGGCUCACGCCAGGGGACGUCAACGCCAUGAUCGGCGGGCUCUUCGGCGGCCAUGCCCACGCCCAUGCGGUGGCCAGUGAUGAGAGCGUCGCAGCUGAUCGGCGGCGGACUUCGCAGCAGCAAGAGGUUUUGAUUCGAAAACAGAAAUUGAAAAACAAGCAGCAGGCAGCAGGUGCAGGUCACUACUAAUUAAGCCUAAUUAUUAGGCAACAAAAUUAGUUAAGGCAGGCUAAGUUACAUGGCUAGGUAGUUUUCAUCGGAGAGGGAUCCCCUGACUGGGACUUUAGGGUCACUCACAGGUGAGGUCGGGUUCACAUGUCAGUGACUGUGACUUUAAGUCAGGGAACAAAAUUAGUUAAGGCAGGCUAAAGUACCUAUCUUGAUGCAUUUUGUAAACAAAUUUGAGUUGAAAAAGAAUUCUCCCGGUAGAACAUAAGUCCCAACGAACUGCUGAACAUUUCACCAUUCGUGCGUGUGCUGCGAUCGAGGCUCAUUUUGUGGUUGCUCAAGUGUGAUGUGCUGACUUUACUAGCCAAACGUCUUCUGCGUUGCUAUGGACUUCACUUUCCACGGCAAAUGUAAUUUUACAUUUUGAUUGCAACUACUACAUUUAUUAUCUGAUCUAUUUAGUCUAUCUGAAUUGGUA